AUGCCUGCAGACAUCGGGGCAACGUCAGCUCAAUUCAUUUCAUAUGUUGUCUUCUGUAUCCUCAGUCUGCCAUUCAUAUGGAUCCCACCGCACCGUUUGCAAAAGUUCUUCUAUUUCGCCAGCGGGGUUACCAUCAUCUUCUUCUUGACUCUUCUUAUAUGGGCUCUUGUAACAAUGGGCUCUGGUGGCUUUGGUACCACUCUCAGCCCUGAGAGCGCAACUCUCCCGACAGGCGGACCGAAAAGCAUAGGGUGGCUUAUUACCCUCGGCAUCAUUUCUACCAUGGGGUCAAUUGCAGCUGGCAUUUUAAACCAGAAUGAUCUAGCCCGUUUCGCAAAACAACCCGGUAGUGCCAUAUGGGGUCAGGCUGUUGCUUUUCCAUUGUAUAGUAUCUUUUCUUCAGUCCUUGGUAUUCUUGUUGUUGCGGCUACCCAGAAACGGUUUCAAGGCGAGGCAAUCUGGAAUCCGCCGACUCUCUUCGUUCGUCUUCUAGAAAUGGAUGACAGCGCCGGCACUCGCACAGCAAUUUUCUUUGCUGGAUUGGCCCUGUGUGCCUCUCAGCUCGGUAUUAACAUUACCUCAAACGCGCUGGCUGGUGGGAUCGACCUGGCGUCAGUAUUUCCCCGGUACAUCAACAUUCGGAGAGGGGCUUAUAUCACCGCGAUAUUGAGCCCGAUUGUCAACCCCUGGCGACUGGUCAACACCGCAACAACCUUUCUCUCCGUUUUAUCUGGCUAUAGCAUCUUUCUCGCACCAAUGUCUGGCCUGAUGACUGCGAGCUAUCUUGUCGUCAACAAGCAGAAGCUUAAGAUCGAUGAUUUGUAUCGUGGAAAUAGUGAGAGUAUAUAUUGGUACACUUGGGGGAUAAACUUUCGUGCCCCAGUGGCGUGGAUUGUUGGAGUCGCCCCCUGCCUACCCGGUUUCGUCGCUGCCGUUGACAAGUCUGUGAGCGUUACUGAUGGUGCCGCCGAGAUGUACUAUAUUAACUAUCUUUACGGAUUCCUUUCAAGUGCCACUCUGUAUAUCUUACUGCAUUGGAUAUUCCCUGCUCCAGCAGUCGAGGCUUUCGUGAGAGAAGCUCCCAGCUCUCGUGAAAUCCAGCGAUACUACUGUGAUAGGUGGGAUAUACCUCUGGCAGAGACAUUGCAAACACUAAAGGAGGAUUUUAAGGGUACGUAA